GUUUGAAUUGAAACGUAAACUGUAAACAUUCAAAUACACAAUUUACAAAAUCAUUAAUUUAAGGCAAUAGACAAUUUUACUCGUAACAGAAGAAUAUUUACAUAUCUUCAAAUUUCUCAUAUCCUACAUUUUAAAUGAGGUUUAGUAAAUAUUCAUUCGAAAGAUUCGAAAAGACGAUAAUUUAAAAUUUUAAGAUGGUACUAUCCUUAGUAUGGGAUCUUUAUCAACAAUGGAAAACACAAGAGCCACAAACUGAAGUGAUCUUUUUCCACGAUGAGGUCGUAAUUCGGUGUGAUAAUCAUUCACCAACUAAUAAAUGUACAAACAAAGACUGCUACUUCUAUAAAAUUGGGCGAAUUAUUUCAUGUAUCGAAAAUGCUCAGCAUACUAUAGACUUGUGUCUUUAUAUGUUAACAGUGCCUAGUCUGUCUGAUGCUCUUGUUAGAGCUCGAAAACGUGGAAUAAAAAUGCGUAUUAUUUCGGAUCAUUCAAAAGCUUAUAGCCGAGAAUCAAAAAUUAUUGAUCUAUUAAAAAUAGGUGCUGAUGUUCGAACUAGACCUACUGAAAUGAUAAUGCAUCAUAAAUUUUGUAUUUUCGAUUAUAAUACUCCUAAUCAAUAUUUACUUACCGGCUCCUUAAAUUGGACUCAAACUAGUGUUUGUGGUGGUAGUUUGGAUAAUGUGAUAAUUACUCAAGAUCAAACUUUAAUCGAACCGUUUCAGAGUGAAUUCAAUAAAUUAUGGAUUAAUUUCUCUGAGAAUCAAAAGUAUAGGAAAUGUAGAGAUUUUAAAAGUUUAGAUUAAAUAUAAAUGGUUUUAGAUAAAUAUAAUGGUUGUAUACGAUAACCGUACUGAUUAAGUUGUAAAGGCCACUGGAUUAAAAAUUUCCACUGCUCUUAAUCAAGAGAAAGAAAAUGAAUUUAUAAAAAGCUAUACUGUGAAGGGCUGCAAGAAGAAUUUCUUAAUUCAUCAAAAUAACUUAAUAAAUAAAAUUGCUCAAUUUUAAUUAUUAUUAAAAUGACUAUAGUAGAGUCUCAGUUAUCCGAAGAUUUAGAAGUUCGACACGUCCAUUAAUCCGACACUUUUUGUCGGCCUCUUCUACACCCCUCCCAAUGCCAGCCUGAGUGUAAUUAUAUAAAAAUGAUAUAUGUACAUACAUACAUACUUACAUGAAUUUUUCUAUCCAAUUCCACUAAAAAUCCGACACCCCUUGGUUUUUAAUAGAUCUACAUUUGUUAGACUUACUGUAUAUGUUUUGAAAUUUUUACGAUUUUGCUGGCCUUCGAUCUUUAAUGAUA